AUGUCUACCACGACCUGUCCCAAGCUGCCCGCAGAGAUCAUCCUACUCAUUGCGGAGCACCUGUGGACGCUCACUGGGCAUACCAAGGAAAAGGAAACACUCAUGGCUCGACAACGCCUCAUGAGGAACUUUUCUGAGGUCUCGAAAGUUUUCCAUUGGGCUGCCAAAAAAUGGCUCUAUCGUUGCCCCGAACUUAGGGCUGGGGAGAGCCUGGUCAAAUUUGAGAGCACCGUGAGCCGAUAUGGUACCAAACUCGGAACUUGGCUUCAUAUUCUUGAACUAGGAUGCAUCGAACCCGGCAGUCACGACGAAUUACUCACAAGAUUGCUUUCUCGAACAAAACCUGUCGUUUUCGAGGCCCCGCAGACUCCAUUUGGAGUAGAAAGCUUGACUGCCCUUUCCGCAGGUGGAAACAUUCAGAAAUUGGACCUUGGCCGAGUUAGCGGCAUUGGAUUUCUGGACUUGAAGCAGGCUAUUAGUCACCUGUCACAACUGAGACACAUCACUCUACCAUGUGAAAUGGCAAUUGUCGACGCCGAUAUCUCGGUUGGAGACUGGCCCGCCUCUAUUGAGAGCAUCACGCUUGGAGGAACUCUUGACCCCAAAGUGAUGCGGAAUUUCCAGUGGCCUACCCAUCCGUUUGGCCUUGUCUUGCGCGACUGCCAAAGCCUACCCGCUGCAUCACAAGUUGCUACACUUGAUAGCAUCUUCGCCGGUGAGACCAUCCGUGAAUACCUCCACAGGCUGUAUAUUAGCUCUGACAACGGCUUGCUCUCUAAGAGCAUGACCACUGGCUUCUUGUACUUACUGCCAAAUCUCGUCGAGCUUCGAAUUCCGCUGGAUAUGGUCGAAGAUUUCCUCAUCCUACCCGCCUCUGUCGCGGUCCUACCGAUCAAAGUACUCGAGCUCUGGCUCAAUGCAGAAGAAUUUUACCUCAUUUCUUCGCCUGCAUUGGAUACGAACCUGCGCCAUCUUGUCUCUUUAGGACUUCCACAGAUUCCCAGAGUUCUAUGGAAGGGCAAUUAUCAUGCAAUUCACAGAAAACUUGCUGCACAUGUGCGGAAGACUCCCUUAACUGAACUGCCCGAUCUCCAUGGCCCCAGAUUCCUCGGCUUAUGGAAUAUGAACUAUCCGCAGGAUAUUCCUGCAUGA